GUCGUUCUCCACUUCAGCAUAACAAGAAUCACAAUCAUUCGGCAAAUUGUAUCUGGAAUCGAACCAUUUCUCAACUCCAAAUCAUUAGGAAAUAGGACACAAGAUGGUAGCCGAGAGAACGCCCUACUCAUCUUUUGCGAGCCUGCUUGCGGCAUAUCAAGAACAAUACUCACAAGCUGGCCCUUCAACGCAGCUUGACUCGCCUAUAAGUCAUGAGGCUGUUCUUGACGAGCAAAGCGGAUUAAUUAUUUCUCUCAUGGAAUCGCUCGAGGAAACCAUUCGGUCAAAAACACCGACAAACUGCUCGUCAUUCGAGAUGGACGGUGAGGAGCAGAUAUCAGAAGACGAAUACAAGGCGUUAUUGUCAGAACAUCGAGCGUGGCAGCUUAUUCGUGCGGUGUAUGACAACCGGAUACCCCGCACAGAUCCAAACUUUGUUCCUCCAUCUGCUGCACAGCAGAUCAUCGAAAAUCCCUAUACAAGUCCGGAAGAUCUCGUGCAGACAAUGGUCAUUGAAGACCCAGAAUUAUCGCUUUGGGCUACAUUGGUCGAGCAUCUCCAAACUCGCCCUCUAUUAACUUCACCGCCGCCUCUCGAAGCCAGACAUGGCUAUCUGCCAUCCACUGUCCGCCGUUCUAAAUUCCAUUCGACCACAGAUUCACCUUCACUCGAUCCCGAUUUUACCGUUCGUGAUCCUCACAGUUCUUCUCUCGCGGGCGAAGACCAGACUUACCAACUGCCCCUCCUCGAAACACUAUACAACCUCGUCCGAUAUGGAGAGCUUGAGUCAGCGAUCAAAGUAUGUGAACAGGGGGGUGAGCCAUGGAGAGGUGCGAGUUUGAUGGGUGUACGGCGGUGGACGAUGGGGGGCAUGAGUAAAGGAACUGAGCCAACCGUGAUGACUGGAAACCGAUACCGUGCCUUGUGGAAAAAGUCUUGCCGUACGAUUGCCAAGAACCACACCCUCCUGCCUGCCGAGCGAAAUCUCUACGCUGCUAUGAUCUCGGAUCUACCUACGCUCUUACCGGCAUGUGAGUCGUGGGAAGACUAUCUUUGGGCGCACGUGCAGCAUAGGAUCGAAGCGAGAUUGGAGAAGAGAUGGCGUGAGCUUGGAGGAUUUUGGGAAGGCGAAGGGGGGGUAGGAAAGGAUGACGUUGAAGAAGUGGAGAUGGCCAAAGGGGGACUUGAAGAGGUUUUUGCAAGUAUGAGAAAUCUACAGAAUGCCUCAAUUUCUAUUACCAUGACCGAACCGUACCAUGUCGCUCAGCAGAUGAUCCUGCUCGAUCGAACAGAAGCCCUCUUCCACGGAUUUGCGGAUCAACUUCUGGAGCUCGAAUCUGGGGUUUCUCCAGAACUCAUAGCACCUCUUCUCCGCUUUUUCACUCAUCUUGCUCUCAUCCUCCGUACCCUUUCUCAACCCGUUCCUGUUUCAGCGGCCAAUGCUAUCAUUCAAGCCUAUCUGCAAAUUCUCGAGCGAGAAGGCAACGAUAAGCUCGUCGCCAUGUAUGCGGCUUGUCUGAGGGAAGGUAGUGGUGAAGAAAGUUAUGCGCGUUUCUUAUGGUCGAUGGACCCUUCUGCCGGCAGAGACUCCAGGUCAGAAGCGCUUUUGCGAGCCAAGAAGCAUAACCUCGAUGUGGCGCUCAUCGCUCGCGAAACUGUCCGUCUUUGUCUUGAAGAAGUGGUCGCUGACCCUCCCAAGAGGCUUCUCGCUGAACCCGAUAUUGUUCCCAUUUCUAUCGGUUUGACGGAACAUGAUGUCGUGCUUAUUAGAUCUAUCGAGUGGUUAAUCAUCUUGCCGGAAACGGCGGAUGAUGCGCUCGUGCGAUCCUGCCAGCUCGUUCGAUACUUCUUGUCCAAGGGUCAAGCUAAUGCCGCGCAAUCUCUUCUUCUCUCCCUUCCUUCCCUUCCCACUUCCUCCUCUUUAACCAAUCAAAGUCACCUCCUCGAACUCGCCUCCUACAAUCGGCUCUUCUCUCUCUUCUCGUCCCACACUUACUUUGCCGACAUCCUGUUCCGCCAACCUUCGCUUACUGCUAGCAAACUUGAAGUCCACGCUUGGAAGAAGGAUCUUGAGGCCUGCGUGGAAGAUGUCUGGAAGGGUACUGUGGGGUUAAUCAAGGAACGGUGGCUGGAUUUGCCUAGCUUGUCUCCCAAGGUUGAAAAGGACGGCAAGGGGUUGUACGAGUACGAAGGGGAGGAGGAGAGGCAGAAGCAACUCAAGCUUAUACGACAUAUUUUCAUCCCCGACCUCGUCCUUCGCUUGCACAACACUCUCAUCGAACAAUCUGUUUUAUUCCCCUACUUUUUGCAGAGGGCCCUUGAACUGGCGAGCAUAGUGGCGGAUGGGAGAUAUAGAGUGUACGAGGGCUUUCUGCCACUGGCGACGAUUGCUGGAGGUGCGGAAAUGGUUGGGGGUGGCGAAAAGGGUGUCAGCCGGCUUGAGGUGUACAUGGACAAGAUCAGGGAGGUGGCACUUGAGGUGUUAAAGUCAGGAAAUGGGAACGCUUUCAAGGUCAGGAGACUGGCAUGAGAGAAAGGACAACGUAUUUAAGUCGAUUCCACAUAUGACAAUGCCAAGGAUAUAGACAAUGAAGACAGAUGCAAGAGUAUA